UCCGACCCUUCCAACAAUAGCCACCUUUUGUGACGCAUAUGUGGCAAGAAUUCUGGGUACAUGUUUGCUUUGAUGAGUGUGCCUGCUGUGCAGGGAUGUUACUUAUAUCUACUUGCAUUACUUCUAUGAUCUGCCCCUGAAGACGGCUUGCCAACCAUCGGCCAGCCUGUGUAUUGCCAACCUAAUACCAAACAUAGCCAACCAACCUUUUGCCAAGCCUCGGCCAACCUCUUGCCUAAACGGCAUGUAGGACCGACGAAGGUUUGAAAGCAACUCGCCUUAAAGACUUUGGUGACACGAGGAAUAACACGACGCCAACUCUGAAGGCAGUUCCACAAAAACACUGCCAAAACCGCUUCGAAGCGUUGGCGAGCAGCUGACAUUAGUGGCAUAGUUCCCAAGGGGCAUGGAAGUGACAUACUUCGAAGGGGACCACAGUGACCACCAUCAAUAAGGAGCCAUCGUGCACGAUAUUUUUGCUGUGCGGUAUAUUGUUACUGCGCAGUUAGUCUUACAAAAACGCCAUGAGAAAGCAGUCGUCGGCCCGGCCUCCUUGCAUGACGUCAGCAGACCCUGCGUUGGGAGAAGCCGUGUGCUCUCAUUGACCACGGAAAAUUCGUCUCCUACUGCUACUACUACAGCGCGUCGGCAGCGCCGGUCUACGUCACGAAUCACCUGAUCGACCGGGGCCGACGGGACAACGAACGUCACGAAGUGACGUUGACUUCCCUCACUCACUUACACCAGCAUUGAAAGAGUGGAGUGUUUCUAGAGGGUGUGCAGUUCGCGCCAUGGUUCGCCUGCUGGUCCUCUCCGUCUUUCUUGUGUUGGCCUACGGCAAAGGCGACAUCAGCAGCCUGACGGCAGUGUUCAACACGGGUGGCCUACGAGGCAGCAUCGAGUUUUCGCAGGUGGCCAUCAACCAGGGUGUCAAUAUCCACGUCUCACUUGUCGGUGGCCAACCGAAGGAAGUGUUCAGAUGGGCCGUCUACAACCUGCCUACAAGAUACGACACAGCGAAUCCAUGCGCUGUCCCAUGGAUUGGAACCAUGAUAACCGACCUGAGCGACACCGUGGGACUGCUGGCGUCUGAAGAAGAGCUGCAGAUGUUCGCUCCAGACCUGCAUCUCUUCGAUGGUCCUGAUGCUAUAGUGGGCAGGACACUGGUCCUUCGAGGAAUUCAGACGGGACGGAUGGCGUGUGCCGCAGUGUCACCACAAGUGCCGCCGAACACAUACGUCGCUUAUUUCCACGGCGUGGUGGCAGGGCACAUGUAUGUUCGUCAGAGUGGCUCCUACAGCACUGUCUAUUCGCAGCUCUACUGGAUUAACGGAACGAGGAAAGACACCCUGGUGAACUGGAGACUGCUGCGUGACGAUAUGAAGUUUCCAUCGACUGAUGCAGAAAGGGAAACGGGUCCACAAAAUGGGUCUCCUCCUGCUAUCUACAGCGGAAGAGAACCGCUCUCGGCUGGAAAAGCACCUAACCUGGAAAGCGCAUAUUCUUACAAUAUCCUCACCAGACUUCCCGCAAUGGACUCCAUAACUCAACCUCUACGUGUCAGUCUCCAGCACAGCCGCACUGGGGCCACACUGAGCUCUGCAAGACUGAAACCCCUUGCCCCAAAGCAUGCCACCGGAAAUAUGGGAGCCCCCUUUGGCGAAGCCGUAUUCCACCAGACAUCUCCGUUUGAACAAACACUCGCCAUCAUCAAAUUCGACAACCUUCGCAAUGGCGCAACCAAUUUUCGAGUCAGCAGAAUUUCGCUCAGUUACAGAGACACACAAUGCCCACCUUCAGGGGCAACGUUUGAUCCGCAACGUCACGACUCGCUGGGUGUACCGCCGCCUACGUUUGGUACACCCGAUCAGUACGCCCUAGGAGAUCUAAGCGGUAAAUACGGGUUACUGAUUGGAAAGGAUACAGCAUACUACCGAAUUCUUGACCCUACUCUACCGCUUUACGGUCCAAACAGCAUAAUUGGCAGAGCAUUAACGGUAUACCGUACUGAUACCAUACCGCUGGUAUGUGUCAACAUCAUUCCUGUAGGGAAGAAACUUGUCACUGGACAAGUAAUCCUUAAUAAGCCCAUAAGUGGUAACAUAAUACUUAGCCAAACAGCGAACAAUCCCGAUGAUGACACCUAUAUCAGUGCGGAACUCUGUUGGAGUGAGCAUUCAAAUUCUACAGUCGAUCAUAACUGGCACAUUCACGAGCAGGGAUUGCAGACUGUGAGGCCGGGACAUUCGACGACUCAUUGUCAACCAGCGGGAGGUCAUUACAAUCCUGAUAGGGCAGAUAAAGACGGAGUUUACUUUUCUCACUGCAGUAAGUGGGCACAGUUUCGUUGCGAGGCUGGGGAUUUGUCCUCUAGGUUGGAGACUCUUUCAAUACCACCUUGUACACACGGUAUGGCGAAGUACCACUUUGUUGAUAGCAACGUUGCACUUUCCGGACCUUCAAGUGUCCUUGGGAGGUCCAUUGUGAUACACAGUGCUCACUAUGGAGGUACCAGGGUUAUCUGUGGUAAUAUUGAUACUGAAUGAUCACAAACCAGUGAGAUGUUAUACACAUGCAAUAGCAAAUUUGUAUUUCACUAUGUUUUCUUGAGAAGAGUCACCUAGAGAUAGAAUCACCUGGCUCCAAUGUAUUCACUUGGCACAAUCAAUUAAAGUACUUUUAACGUUCAGGCACAA